GUAGCCCAGCAGAUUGUAGGCCAGUGAGGGAGUAACUGUCCUGUAUUCUUGCAUUCUCCCAGCCUCCUCUGUCUGAAGAGGAAAACACCAUCCAGUGGCUUCCAUUUUACAGCCCUGCAGACGUGAUUGAUGCAACUAUGGACCAAUCUAUAGCCAUCCAAGAUACAUUGGACAAAGAAGAGAAUUGCACUGUAGCGGUGCAAGGAGUCUUAAUUAACCCUCACAGCAAAGAAAGUAGACUUGUUGGACUGGUGGAAAGCAAAGAGACAGCAGCAGUGUUUUUAUACAAGCACAGAAGAAUGGCUAUAUGUGCGGAGGAUGUAUUGCUGGAUACAAUCAUCCCACUGGCUAAAGGAAUUACCAUGGAAGAAGUGACACCACAUGAAAACUUCCAUGUCAUUGGCUCUGACAUCAUGGUGAGAAUAAAGACUCCAGAGACCAUGCUUGAGAUUCAACUUCCAUUUGGUUCCCACACACAAGAAUUUCUACAUAAAGUCAACCAGUCACUUCAGGGAAGGCUUCCUGGACUCCCAUCUCCACAGUUCAUCUGGCUGCGCAAGUAUUGGCGAAGAAGCCUUCCAAACCUUAGCAGCUUCUUCUUGAACAGUGUGACUCUGACAGAUAAUCUUGAAGAAAACAAUGUAUCCAUAGAUCUAAGAACAUCUGAGAAAGAGCACAGCACUGAACACCUCCAGCAGAAUGGGCAGUGGCUAAGGACUUCCCAGAAACAAGACCCUUCACGCUCUCCGCACUCUCUACCCAGACUCCAUAAAACGAAAUCUGACAUUACCAACAUGGUCCGAGCAGCAGAUGUGAUCUCUACUAACAAAAUAGGAAUGCUACCUUUUCCUAAAUUUGGGCUCCGAGAUAAUUUAAUUAAGUCUGAACUCUUGAAGAAAGAACCAACCUACACAUCCAUUCAUGACUUCAGGUUUUUUGUUGGAACAUACAACGUCAAUGGGCAGUCCCCAAAAGAGAAUUUACAAGCCUGGCUCAGUAUUGAUCCCAAACCCCCCGAUGUGUAUUGUAUUGGAUUUCAAGAGCUUGACUUAAGCAAGGAAGCAUUUUUCUUCAAUGAUACACCCAAAGAAGAAGAAUGGUUUAAAGCAGUUUCCGAGGGGCUACACCCAGGAGCCAAAUAUGCAAAGAUUAAGUUGAUCCGACUUGUUGGAAUAAUGCUGCUGCUGUAUGUCAGGAAGGAUCUGGCAGGUCAUGUCUCGGAGGUGGAAGCAGAGACUGUGGGCACAGGAUUAAUGGGAAGGAUGGGUAACAAAGGAGGUGUGGCAGUUCGUUUCCGCUUCCAUAACACUCACAUUUGUGUUGUUAACUCCCAUCUGGCUGCUCAUGUUGAUGAAUAUGAGAGGAGGAACCAGGACUUCAGAGACAUCUGCUCCAGGAUGCAAUUUCCGCAGGUGGACCCAACACUUCCCCCACUGACUAUUCACAAGCAUGAUGUUGUAUUAUGGCUUGGAGACCUAAACUACAGAUUAAAGGAAGUUGAGAUGGAGAGAGCGAAGAAACUCAUUGAAUCCAAGGACUACCAGACACUCUACAAUUUUGAUCAGCUGAAACAGCAGAUGGAGGCAAAGACGGUGUUCGAUGGCUUUACAGAGGGAGAAAUACAGUUUCAGCCUACUUACAAGUAUGACACUGGCUCUGAUGAAUGGGAUACAAGUGAAAAAUGCCGUGCCCCUGCCUGGUGUGAUCGCAUUCUCUGGAAAGGCAGACAUGUAACACAGCUAGAUUAUCAAAGCCUCAUGAGUCUAAAAACAAGUGACCAUAAACCAGUCAGCUCGGUUUUUAAUAUUGGGAUAAAAGUGGUUAAUGAAGAGCUAUAUAGAAAAACGUUUGAAGAAAUAGUCCGUUCUUUGGACAAGAUGGAAAAUGACUGCAUUCCUUCAGCUACGCUAUCUCAGCGAGAGUUUCACUUCAAGGAUGUAAAGUACAUGCAGCUGCAAGUCCAGACAUUCACUAUUCACAAUGAUGGACAGGUGGCGUGUCAGUAUGAAUUCAUCAGUAAGCUGGAUGAGCCAUUGUAUAGCAAACAAUGGCUCCGAGCGAAUCCAAGCAAAGGGUUUCUUACACCAGGUUCCGAAGCACAAAUAGAACUUGAGUUAUUUGUUAAUAAUCAAACGGCUGCCCAAUUAAAUUCUGGUGAAGAAAACUUGGAAGACAUUUUAAUCCUGCACCUGGACAGAGGAAAAGACUUCUUCUUGUCUGUGACUGGAGACUAUCUGCACAGCUGCUUUGGAUCCUCCAUCCAGAUGUUAUGUAACAUGAGAGAGCCCAUCAGAGACAUGUCUCCAGAUGCCAUCAGAGAAUUGGCACGCAUGCCUCUUCAGAUGAAGGAGGAUUUUGUUGGUGCAGAGAAACCUUUAGAUGUGCCUAAAGAGCUCUCGAUGAUGGUUGAUCACUUGUACCGUAAUGCAUCCCUGCAGGAAGAUUUGUUUCAGCAGCCUGGGUUAAGAUCUGAAUUUGAAGCGAUUAGAGACUGCUUAGAUACCGGAUUUCCAGAAUCUAUCCCUGGAAGCAACCACUCCGUCGUUGAGGCGUUACUGCUCUUCCUGGAAGGCCUCCCAGAGCCCGUGAUCUGCUACAGCUAUUACAGCAGAGGCUUGGAGUGCGCUGGACAUUAUAACAGCAGUAAAGAGGUUAUUUCAUUGUUGCCGCUGCAUCAUAAAAAUGUCUUCAAUUACUUGAUCUCCUUUUUACGGGAGCUACUGAGUAACUCAUUAAAGAAUCACCUGGAUGUCAACAUUUUAGCAAGCAUAUUUGGAAACCUGUUACUCCGACCUCCGCCUGAUCAGUCAUCACCCAGCAACUUGGACAAGAGAAGGUGUCAGGAGUUUGUUCAGCAGUUCCUCAUUGUGCCAGAAAGUCCUUAGUACCUGGAUCUUGUCUGAUUAACUAUUCGUCUCCCAGAAGCUGGCUUCUCACAUAUCUGUUCUGGUUGUAAAUAUCUGUAUUUAUGGCAUCUGAUGCAAUUUACAGAUUUUAUUUUCUUAUAUUGUAGAUUUUCAUGCUUCCUGAGAGGCAUGUGCAUUCCUGUGCUAACCAAUGCCACUGUGCCUUAAAAAGGACCUGUCACUGUGAAAUGCAGUGCAAUCUGCAGGCAGUUUGAGCAAGAGGAGCUGAAAAGACUGAUAUAUAGUUUUGUGAGGA